AGAAUCAAUGGCUUCCAGUAUUUCAAGCACGCUUGCUGUCUUCUUGCUGCGUAUUACAGCUCUAAUCGUGAACGGUGCACGUUCUCUAUACUCUGCGGAAAGCAGACUGUAUAAAAUAGGGAUUUUCUUUACUCCGAUUUCAAAUUAUUACUGUAUUAUAGCUGAAUCAAGAGGCACUGUAGAGCCUCGCACCAAGUUGUAACUAUAGCUUACGAUUUGAUAGGCGUUUAAAGCAUUGUUUUAUUGCAUCCAGUGACAGUGUUUCUUUUUUGUUCAACGCAAUGAAUAUAAGAAAAGAAUUUGUGCUAUUUUUCAUAGCAUUCCUAGUGGAUAUAAUAAAAGGACAAUAUACACCGCCGUUAGCUACAGUGGUACCGAUUCAUCCUAAAGGAAUACGUAUAUCCAUUCCAGACGAAGAGGGGAUAACAUUAGUAGCCUUUCAUGUGAAGAUCAAUGAAGAUUUUAAUGGCCUUGAAGCCGGAACUAUUGCUAGAGACAUUGUUAAGGCACGAAACGGUUUAUGGACUUACGAGGAUAAACAAACGCAACUUCAUAAGAGCGAUAUCGUCUACUACUGGAUUCACGUCGUCUAUAAGGGUCUGGGAUAUAAUUUAUUGGAUCAACAAUACGUAGUAAACGAAUUUUAUAAUUUCGAUGGAACUCCUGUUAACGUUACUCCAACUGAUAACCCAUCUUGUGUCCUUUCGGACACGAGAAUUAAAAUGGAGACUGGUGAACUACGACAAGCUUGUUCCGGCGAAUUAAUAUUUGAUGAACAAUUUGAAAAUAUACAGACAUGGCGAUGGCACGUCAAUGAACGCUUCUCUGGUGCUCCGGAUUAUGAGUUUGUCGUUUAUACAAAAGAUUCAGAUAAUGUCCAAUUAAAGAAUGGAAUAUUAAAAAUACAACCAACACUUAUGCAAGAGAAGUAUAACGCACAGUUCGUACGUCAUGGCCACCUCGUACUGGAGAACUGCACAGAAGUAGUAGGAUCAGAGUAUUGUCAUCGUCAAGCAAGAGGAUCAUCAAUUCUUCCACCAGUGUUGUCAGGUCGACUCGACACAAAAAUGACUUUCAAUUUCAUCUACGGACGUAUAGAAAUCCGGGCGAAAUUGCCUCGUGGCGAUUGGAUUUAUCCACUUCUUACGCUGGAUCCCUUAAAUCCUCUAAACGGGGAAUUAAAUCCCCCCCAGAUGAGGAUAGCUUAUUCUUCCGGCAAUCAGGAAUUACGCAUGGUUGAUGGAACAGACGUCGGAGGUCGUCUUCUGGGUGCAGGUGGUAUAGAUGCCCUGGGCGUGGGUGCAAAGAGAUGGCAAUACAUGGCGAAAAAAUAUUCACAACAUUUCUGGUCUAAUGAAUAUCAUACUUACGAAUUAGAAUGGAGACAGGAUAGAAUAAUCGUUAAAGUAGACGGCACUCAGUAUGGUAAUAAAGUGCGACAGACGAGUUCUCCAUUCGACAAGCCGUAUUACUUAACCAUCGGCGUGGCCGUGGGCGGAUAUGGUGAAUUUGCGGACAACAGUACCAGUAAUGGAUACAGAAAACCCUGGCGUAAUAUCGCCUCCAAGGCGCUUUUCAACUUCUUCACUGCGACUAACUUAUGGCAUGAGACAUGGAAAGAGGAUUCCACAGCUCUUGAAAUCGAUUACAUAAAAAUUUGGGCAUUAUAAAUGACCCUUAGCAUCAUUCAAUCUAUAGGGUCUCAUCGUCACUAUGAGGAAUUAAUAAACUACAGUUAAAGUGGAUACUUCAAAAAGAGUAUCUCUAAAGAAGAAAAAGAUUUAUUUUAUUAUAAAAUUAACAUAAUCGCACGUCACUUCAUGUGUAGAUUUUAUACGUUGAACUGUGUACAUUAAAAACUGGUCGACAUCAAAAUCGAGAUGUCAUCGUCCCAAUACUGUUAUAUUCUCUUGUGAUAUUCAAACCGGUCUGUAUCCAUUACUUGACCGGUUAUUCUCGCUGGCUGCUUCUCCCACAGUAGAACAGGGGACCGUGCGGACAAGAGGUACAAUAGAAGCAGAAAAUGAGCGACACAGUGGCGAACCUUUCUAAUAAUUUCCGUACAAUGUAAAUUUGGGUAAUCUAAUAUUAAAAUUUUGUUAUGUAAUAUAUUAUUCAAAAUGUACUUCGGAUGUCCUAUGGAUGUUCAGACAGAGAAAACUAAUCUGAGACUAUAAGGAUGAGUAGGAAAUCUAGCAGGAAACCCAUCUCAAAAUCCGGAGCAACCUGAUCAGUAGUCUACUGAAACUAUGUGAGCUUCUCUUUAGAAUUUUUCUAAAUCUUAAAGAGCAUUAUGUCUGGUCUUAGUAUCUGAAAUUAUUUAACCCCUUUUCGAGACUAGUUGCAGUGGGAGUUAUUUUGAUUCAGUUUUUAGUGUUCGUGAAGCAUCUAUCCCCAACAUCACACGACAUCCAACAAAGAAAAUCAUUGUAAUCGUUAGUUAUUUGCUUCUCCUCAAUUUUGAAACUGUUUCCGUUUAUGAGUUUAUAAGUGUAACAUAUCUUGGUUACAGCUAACAAUUAUUCGCAAAAAUUAGCACCGCAUAGAUUUGUCAAUGGUAAUUCUUCAAACGAAUUAAAAUACUUUCCUCAUACAGUAUAAGAGGAGAUAACUCUAGUAAACCUUUAGAUGAGGACUACUGAAGAUUAUCAUGCUUUUAAAGCAGGAACCGUUGCAAGUAAUAUUAUUUAAACUUGUAAAAGUGUUUCGAGAGAGAACAGCCAGACGGAAUUUCGUAAGGAUGACAUAGUUUUUUUAUUAACUUCACGUUAUCCACAAGGGCCUGAAACGUAACCUCUACACUUCCAGUAAUAUAUAGUGAACCUUUAGUACCAGAUUUAUACGAAUGAAUAUGUUUGAGAAAAGAAAAUUGAAUCUUCGGCAUCGUAUAUAUUUGAUGGAACAUUUGUUAACAUUAUUUCAUAUGAUGACCGAUUUUUCAUUUUCUCGGAUAUAAAGAUCAGGAUGGAAACUGAUAGAAUGAGACAAGCUUAUUAUAACGAAUCAACAUUUAAUAAAACAUUUGAACAUUUUUACA